UCAUGAUUUGGAUUGCAAUACAAUUUGAAUUAUUAUUAUUAUUAUUAUUAUAUUAUGACAAUAGACAUUAUUUAUUAUAUAAUGCUGAGUCGUCGGUUCGGGAUUAUUCAAGAAUCGAGACGAAGUUGAGAAUGAUUCCAAUCAGAGCUGGUAACAUGGUGAUGAUCACCAAUAGAAAACAAUAUUUUUAAGUUUGUAUUUCCUCUUACUAAAAUGCAGAGUCAAUGUAGGCUCCUGACUCUUUAUAAGAAGCUACAACUUUACAAAUAAUUAAAGAGAAUAUAUUACUCUCUUUUUUUCUUGCAACCAAGAACAACCGAAAGAGCGGAUCCAACUGUUCUCAAGAUCUGAAUCAUAAUAUAUAGUAUGAUCAAAGAGAAGAUCAGUUCAUGUGUUCAUCCUUCCGAUGGUAUAGUAGAAUCUGAUAAGGAAGUGGAGCUUGAUGCAACAAAAGCCAAGUUGGAGAAAGUUAGAGAAGAAAAUGAGAAGUUAAAACUCUUACUAUCUACCGUUCUUACUGAUUAUAAAUCUCUUCAAAUGCAUGUCUCCAACGUUAUCCGACCACAACAUGAAGCUUCUAUGGAGCUGGACACUAAUAGCCACGACAACUUCGGUGUAGAUAUAUCUCUUAGGCUUGGAAGAUCAGACCUGAAUGUCUCCAAAAAUGUAGAUGAAAUAGAUAAGAUUAGUCUGGACAAGAUUUCUGAUGAGAUCAGUGAGGGGUCCGAUAAGAAAAGAUCUGCACUCGGUUUAGGAUUUCGGAUUCAAAGUUGUGAAGAUACAGAUACUGAUCUGACCAUGAAGUUAGACUAUCUUUCCAAGGAUGUUAAACAUACAAAAGCGGAUAAUAAAUGCAUAUCCUCGAGGAAAGAUAACAAAACAGCUAGAAACGAAGAUCAUCAAGAGGCUUUUGAAGUACAUGAACAACCGGGUUUAAAGAAAACUAGGGUUUGUGUGAAAGCUCCAUGUGAAGACCCAUCAAUAAACGAUGGUUGCCAAUGGAGGAAGUACGGACAAAAGACUGCAAAAGCGAAUCCUCUUCCACGAGCCUAUUACCGCUGCUCCAUGUCCUCAAAUUGUCCCGUCAGAAAACAGGUGCAAAGAUGCGGAGAAGAUGAUACCUCCGCUUAUAUGACGACGUACGAAGGAACUCACGACCAUCCACUUCCCAUGGAAGCAACCCAUAUGGCUGCCGGAACUUCCGCUGCCGCCUCCUUAUUACAAUCUGGCUCCUCCUCCUCCCCAAGCCUAAGCUAUUAUUUCCCUUUUCACCACGUCUCUUUCUCCACCACUAACGCUCACCCCACGGUAACACUUGACCUCACACGACCAAACUAUGAUCCCAAUCAAUUACCAACCCACUCUUCACUCAGCUUCUCCUCCUCCUCCUCUGACCGUCCAUCUCCGACAAACAGUCAUACCUUGAGCUUCAGUGGCUUGAGAUCACAAGCUCCAUUGACUAAAUAUUCACAAAUGGCCCCUUUAUCACAUCAAACCAAACUUUCUGGACAGCAAUAACUAUAUACUUUUUUUUUGUCAUCAAUGUUUAGAAAUUAUGGACUUCCAACAUCAGCAACUCAUGUGUUUGAUAUUGUGACAGCUUCUUAGUGUCAAUAUGAAAUAUUCGUCAAUCUAUUUAUUAGUCACAUCAUUCUUAUAUGAAUUAUGAGAUCAGGAUCAAAGUUCUAAUGCGAUUGAUGACUAACAAAGGAAUAAAGCAUGACUCUAUUCUGGGCCUAGGCCCAUAUCACGCAAUAUGUAAUCUCUCUCUUUAAAAUCAAGCCCAACCGAGUCAAAAGGCUCCGAUGGCUUCGCUGUUCACUCUCUGACAUACGACCACUUCAUGGAACGACACGUGUCAAUAAAUGAAGGCGCGCGUAACCGCCAGAAGAAGUUCCAUCUCCGACACGUUGCAUAUCCAAACCACGAACACACAACCCACUGUUUCUGUUCUGUCUUUUUUUUUGUACAAAAAAAAAAAAAAAACUGCCGUCUUCACGUUUUCGAAUCUGUAAUCAUUGUAGUAGAUUGCUGUGGAGUUAUCGAUUUGGUGUUUCUUCACCAAGGUGACAUGGCGGAAAGUGAGAAGAGU